GAGCUCGAGUGGAGUCGCCCUCAUCGGGCUUCUAGCGAGCCUCAGUACAUUAUGCUUAGCCCAAGCAAGUUUAAAUGCCAAUCACGGAGUUGGCAACUAUUCUUUCCCGGAGGACUUCAUGUUUGGAGUAUCUUCCGCCGCUUUUCAGAUAGAAGGAGGCUGGAAUGAAGGAGGUAGAGGAGAAAGUAUGUGGGACACAUACCUCCACGAACAUCCGAACUUCACAAUUGAUGGCACGAACGGUGACGUAGCAGCUGAUUCCUACCACAGGUGGAAGGAGGACAUUAUUAUGAUUAAAACCCUUGGCGUAAAAUACUAUCGCAUGUCGAUAUCUUGGCCGCGAUUGUUACCAAAGGGUACCGACAACUACGUAAACGAAGAAGGAGUAAAAUACUAUCGUAAGUUGUUUCAAGGUUUGCAAAGGGCUAACAUAACCAUCAUAGUGACACUAUUCCAUUGGGACUUACCCACGCCACUUAUGGACCUUGGUGGAUGGGCCAAUCCAAAGAUGGUGGAUUACUUUGAGGAUUAUGCAAGAGUGGCUUUUAAAACCUUUGGAGAUAUAGUAAAAAUAUGGACAACUAUCAACGAGCCGCACCAACAUUGUUACAAUGGCUAUGGAAGUAAUUGGUUUGUGCCAGCGUUACUGUCGCAUGGUGUUGGAGAAUAUUUGUGUGCCCAUUACAUGCUACUGGGUCAUGCUCGAGUUUAUCAUUUGUAUGAUAAGGAGUUCCGGCCACAUCAGAAAGGUAAAAUUGGUAUUACUGUGGAUGCUUUUUGGGCGGAACCGAAAGAUAGCACAAAAGCUGCUGACAGGGACGCAGCUGAAAGGUAUCUCCAAAUGCAUCUGGGAAUCUAUGCUCAUCCAAUAUUCAGUGAUAAUGGAGACUAUCCGCCUAUAGUGCGUGAAAUAAUAGACGACAUGAGCAACGCCCAAGGGUUUACUAGAUCUCGUCUACCUUAUUUUACACUUGAAGAGACGGACAACCCUUACGAAGCUCCCAACUUCUGCCGGUCACGUUUUUGCUUCGUCAACGAACACUCUGAAGACUCUAGAAAUUGUGCAUACCACUGGAACUAUGCCAACAGUUUAUAA